UUAUAGAUAAUAAGAAAGCAAAAUGGCGGCAAUAAUUGCUCAGAUGACACGUGCAAACCGGGAGCGGAAAAAAAGAAAACGAGUUGAAACCAGUAAAUGCAUGUACAAGAUCCCAGCUUUUGAUCCAACCUUUGAUGCCGAGAUUCAUAAUAACUUCUUAUCUCGACGAAAGCAGUAUCAAAGUAUAGAGUUGGAACUAGAAUACAUAAACAAAAUCCUUGAAGCCGCAUGUGCAAAGGAUGAAUAUGAGCGGUUGCCGCGCAAGCCUACCUGUUUUCAGCUGAUUCUAGAGCUAAUGUUCAUCGUCUUUGCUCUGUCCUUGGUUCCUUGGUUCCUCUACCUUCUAGAAUACUCUAUCGACACGAAUAUGGAUUCUUAUUUUGGAAAUGAGUCUCAGAAAAUUAAUUCUAGUUUGCAUAUGAGUUAAUAAAUGUUUUAUUUAA